UGAGAUCACGGGAUGAUGACGUCAUCACGCACAGCUCAGACACACGUGGUGGUGGUAGUAGUUGGAGGUGUGAGUGGAAAAUCUCACGCCGCUCGCGUUCGGCAGUAGCUGGACUCUACCUCUCGACGCCCGGACCCCAACCCCAGCUCAGCGCGGCGGCGGCGGAGGAGGCAGCGGCAGCAGAGGAGCCAUGGCGGAGCCCGCGAGGCUGCAGUUCCACGAAAUGGGACUCGACGACCGCAUCCUGAAGGCGGUGGCGAAGCUGGGCUGGGCGCAACCGACCCUAAUCCAGGAGCGAGCCAUCCCGCUGGCGCUCGAGGGCAAGGACCUGCUGGCGCGGGCGCGCACAGGCUCCGGCAAGACGGCGGCAUACGCCCUCCCGCUCAUCCAGCGCGUGCUCACCGCCAAGGAGGCGGUGUGCGAGCCGGCGGUGCGCGCGCUGGUGCUCGUCCCCACCAAGGAGCUGGGCCGGCAGGCGGCGCGCAUGCUGGGUCAGCUGACGUCGUACUGCUCGCGUGACGUGCGCGUGUGUGACGUGUCCGGGCAAGUGGAGCUCAGCGCGCAGAGGCCCCUACUGAUGGAGAAACCGGACGUGGUGGUGGGGACCCCGAGCCGCGUGCUCGGCCACCUGCAGCAGAAAAACCUGGCGCUGCGCGAAUCGCUCGAGAUGAUCGUCAUCGACGAGGCGGACCUCAUCUUCUCCUUCGGCUUUGAGAACGACCUCAAGGUCCUCUUGGGGCACCUGCCCAACAUCUACCAAGCCUUUCUGAUGUCGGCCACGCUCAGCGAGGACGUCAGCGCCCUCAAGAAACUCAUCCUGCACAACCCCGUGACCCUCAAGCUGCAAGAGUCGCAGUUGCCCGACAGCGGCCAGCUGGCUCAGUACCACGUCAAGUGCGAGGAGGAGGACAAGUUUCUGCUGGUCUACACGCUCCUCAAGCUGGGGCUUGUGCGUGGCAAGACGCUCGUCUUCGUCAACUCAAUCGAGCGCUGCUACCGCCUCAAGCUCUUCCUCGAGCAGUUCAGCCUCCCGGCCUGCGUGCUCAAUUCCGAACUGCCCGUGCACUCCAGGUGCCACAUCAUCAGCCAGUUCAACCAGGGCUUUUACGACUACAUCGUCGCGACCGACGAGCACUCACUCACCGAGAUGGCCAACCGCGAGCGGCCCUCGUCGGACGGGGAGGGCAAGAAGGAGGAGCCGUCCAAGAACAGGAAGAGGAAAGCAGUGAAGAGGGGUAAGGACAAGGAGUACAGCGUGGCCCGGGGCAUCGACUUCCAGAACGUGUCCAACGUCAUCAACUUUGACUUCCCGCCCACAGUGGAGGCGUACAUCCACCGCGUGGGCCGGACGGCACGGGCCGACAACCAGGGCACGGCGCUGACGUUCGUCAACCACAAGGAGAUGUCGCUGCUGCAGGAGGUGGAGACGAUCCUGGCAGGAGACAAAGAGAGCGCGGCUCUGAAGCCCUACCAGUUCCGCAUGGCGGAGAUCGAGGGCUUCCGCUACCGCUGCACGGACGCCAUGCGCUCCGUCACUAAGCAGGCCAUCAAGGAGGCGCGUCUCAAGGAGAUCAAGCAGGAGUUGCUCAACUCCGACAAGCUCAAGACGUACUUUGAGGACAACCCGCGCGACUUGCAGCUGCUGCGGCAUGACCGGGCGCUGCACCCGGCCGUCGUGAAGCCGCACAUGAGGAACGUCCCCGACUACCUCAUCCCUCCCACGUUGAAGCAGAUUGCGCGGCCCAUACGGGGAAGCAAGAAGCGGUACAAGCCCGGCCCGAGCACGGCCACCACCAGAAGGCCCAAGAGGCAGCAGCAAGACCCGCUGAAGACCUUCACAUUCGCGGACAAGGAGUAGGCGCGGGGGGGCAAGAUCUGGAGCGGGCGGGCGCGUGAAACGACUCCCCCGCGCUCCGUGUCCGUGACGUCUGUCCGGGGGAGGAGGAGCAGAGACCAUCGCCACCUCGCUCUCUUCCCCGCUUCGCUGUGCCCGGACGUUGCCUCGUUCAUCAGGGAGGCGUCAGACUUGUACAUUCGUUGGUUUUCGGGGUAUUUAGUUGUUUUUUUAAUAAACAUCGGCGUACAGAUAAUUUACCAAACGCCUGCGCGUGCACAAAACAAAACGGUCGCACAAAGGCCCCAAGCCGCGUCGGCUUUUUCCGAGCUCCACGGGGGAAGUGCCCUUCGGCUCCCGGCCCGCCGAGCCGUCGCUGCCCUGCUCACGACGCGACGCCCCGGCGCAGGGGCCCGAGCUCGGCCUGCGAUGGAUCUCCCCCACCCCCCCCUCCCCCCCGAGUCCUCCACAGCGGUGGGGGCGGCUCCAGCCACUCACCCGGGAUUUAGCGUGCGACCCCCCCCCCCCCCCCCCCCCCCCCCAUGCCACCCUGAGAUUUUCACACGACCAGCGCCAGCCAUUAGCCCGCUACCCGCGGCACGAACGCGACCCCUGGGGGUAACGCUGUGCCCAGGAGGAGGACGCCCCGUCCAGCCGCGCUUGGCACCUCCGAUCAGCACGGUUGGCUACGUACGGUGCGAACGAAGUUCCAGGCACACGCCUCCACCUGCAAAACGGCGUCGCGGGUGCCAGCAACGGCACACACACGACACGGACGGGUGUCCGCGCACAGCCGGCGUUAUUCGAGCAUUGGGUAAAUGUAACAAUUUUUGUGGACACAACUCUGUUAUUCUAGGCCUGGGCUGUUAUUCAUAUUGGAGGUUAAGCUAGCGAAGGCGCUUCAUUGCGGCCCUCGCAAGCGCGGGUACGAACGACGCGGUGAGCGAGCACAGAGGUGGACGAGAAACAACUAUGGACGCCAGAGUCCCGGGUCACCCGUGGAGCUUCAC